CGAAAGAAGAAGAUGAUUAAUGGUUUCAAGCCUUUGAAACCUGUUGCUCCCCAGCAACCAAGUAUAUUGCAGUGUGCCGGCAUAACUCCAGACCCCAGGAUGGAGCAGUUCAAUCAUCAGCACGGCUCCGGAAGGGCUCCGGUGUUCCGCCGCUUCUAUGAGGUGGUGGUGGAGGAGCCCCAGAGCGUUGAACGUCGAACGUCGAGACACAGGUCAGCCCCCGAUUCCGGAUGGUGGCGGUGGGAGCACUGUGGUGGUUGCCCGGACAAGCGUCUGGAUACGGCGGCAGACUCGAUGAAGGUGGCCUGGUCUUCCUCCGAGGCUGUCCAGCUGGAGCUGACGGGGUUAUGCCUUCAGAGGGGAUGUGGGACGGUUGGACAGAGGAGGUGUGGAUCCCCGGCCAGCGGGCACCCAGCGAAGGAGGCCUGCGGCAGGAGCUCGGUGUCGGACGACUCUGCGGAUGCUCCUGGGUGUGUGGAUGGUCUGGAGGACGACGCCACAGAGGACAGUUGUAAGGGCGCAGAUUUGUUCUACGACAGUAAAUGGGACCCCGGUCAACUUAAAGUGACCUUCAAACUCAAAAGUUCCAACGUGCUGUUGAGUUUCUCUCAAAAACCAUCGACUUGA